ACGCGUUUUAAUCAAAUAAAACCAAAACGCGAAAGUGCGAUUUGCGUUUGAAGCGGUGGGAGAUCGAUCUUUCCCUAUUUCAUCUCCUCCUCUCAACUAACCCUAACGAAGUCGGAGAGUCACCGGUAGAUCUAUCCUGAAAUCGCCACUAAAAUCGACGGAGAAAGAGGAAUACAUAGAUAGAGAGAGAGAGAAAGAAGAAGGGAGUAAUGGAUUUGGAUCAAUGGAUUUCGAAGGUUAAAGACGGUCAGCAUCUCUCCGAGGAAGAGCUUCAGCUUCUCUGCGAAUACGUGAAAGAAAUUUUGAUCGAGGAGUCAAACGUGCAGCCUGUCAACAGUCCGGUCACCGUAUGUGGUGAUAUCCAUGGCCAGUUUCAUGAUCUCAUGAAGCUUUUUCAGACCGGGGGUCAUGUUCCCGACACCAAUUACAUAUUUAUGGGGGACUUUGUGGAUAGAGGUUACAACAGCCUUGAAGUCUUCACUAUUCUUUUGCUUCUUAAAGCUAGACAUCCAGCCAAUAUUACACUUCUGCGUGGAAAUCAUGAAAGUAGGCAGCUAACGCAGGUAUAUGGUUUCUAUGAUGAGUGCCAAAGGAAGUAUGGCAACGCUAAUGCGUGGCGAUAUUGCACAGAUGUUUUUGACUAUCUUACCCUAUCAGCUAUUAUAGAUGGCACAGUUCUAUGUGUUCAUGGUGGCCUUUCCCCGGAUGUCCGGACAAUUGAUCAGAUAAGACUGGUAGAUCGAAAUUGUGAAAUUCCCCAUGAAGGGCCCUUUUGUGAUCUUAUGUGGAGCGAUCCUGAAGAUAUUGAAACAUGGGCUGUUAGUCCACGCGGAGCUGGCUGGCUUUUCGGAUCGAGGGUUACUACUGAGUUCAAUCACAUCAACAAACUUAAUCUAGUGUGCCGUGCUCACCAGUUGGUACAAGAAGGUCUUAAGUACAUGUUCCAAGAUAAAGGCCUUGUAACUGUAUGGUCUGCACCUAAUUACUGCUACCGCUGUGGCAAUGUCGCUUCUAUAUUGAGUUUCGAUGAAAACAUGGAAAGGGAUGUGAAGUACUUCAACGAGACAGAAGAGAACAAUCAAAUGAGAGGGCCAAGGACUGGAGUUCCGUAUUUCCUGUGAUGAAAACGACGAUUUUAGCUGGACGUGAUGAUGAUGAUGAAGCCAUUGCUACCAUAAGGUCAGGUCUCAAAAGGGUAUUAUGUAGAUAUAAUAUUUAUCUACUGAUGGGUUUCACAUACUGUAUUUCCAUUAUUUUGCCCCUCUAGGUAACAUUUUCCUUGUGAAAUUCAUCAAGUCAAGACUUGAUAGUUUUAAGUCUACUCGUGAUUCUCUUGUUUUUGUUUUCCCCGAUUGUUUCUUCUGUAUUGUUUACUUACACAGUUACACUGUUUCCUCCUUUGCUUAUUUGCUGUUGUUAUUGUUGUGAGGAUGACAUCAAUUCUAAAAAUAAUUAAGAAUC